UUCUCCUGACAGUUUUUGCUGCAGGUGGUGGUCUAUCGAGAGUUUGUGAACUGUGUUAUCAACCCGUCGUCACUUCGGACAAGAUGAGUGAUUUCCUCAAACCGGCUGUUGCAGUAAUUAUUCCCAAUCUUGGAGGAAUUGCUGGAUCUUUCCUCACUCGACAAAACAUACCAACUUGGUAUGAGCAUUUGAACCGACCAUCCUGGCGCCCCCCAAACUACAUAUUUGGACCAGUCUGGACAUAUCUAUACUCCUCUAUGGGGUAUGCCUCAUAUCUGGUCUGGAGGGAUGCAGCUGAUUGUGAUGAAGCUAAACUCCCAUUGUCCCUGUUUGCUGGACAGCUUGCUCUCAACUGGGCCUGGACACCCAUUUUCUUUGGGGCACACAAGCUUGGACUGGCUACAAUUGAAAUCGGAGUAUUGUGGGGUGCCAUUGUUGCUACGAUGUACACAUUUUAUCCAAUCAACAAAACAGCAUCUCUUCUACUGCUUCCUUACCUAGGCUGGGUGUCAUUCGCAUCAGCUUUGACCUACAGCAUUUGGAAAAGAAACAAAGACAGAACAGAUUAGUUCAUGAGGAUUGUCUUAUGUAGA